GUUCCUCAAGCCUGUGUGCAAAACCAGGAAGAUGAUGUGAGGGAUUUAACCUCGAUCACGAUGUAGUGAGUUGUUACGAAGUUAGAAGUUUGUGUGACUGUGAACCACAAAGCUCUCCUACAUGCUGUUUAAACAAACUGAGCGUUAGUUUUUAUUUUCUUCCUUAAAGUGAGAGAAGGUGACGCUGUUGACUGACGGAAACAAACAAAGGUUCUGUAAGGACAAUGGGGAUCACUAAACUGGCAGAACUGAUCCGCAUUGAUGUUCCAGAUGCUAUUUCUCAUAAGGAUAUCAGUGAUUACACCGGCAAGUACCCUUACACCCGAUCUUACACCUGUGUGGUCGUUUCAAUAUAACAGCACUGUGAUAUUGAACUGAAAGCUAAUUGCUAAUGUUAGCAUACCAGCUCAACUAGUCAGCGAACUGGUUCUGAUCCCCAUAGAAUAUACAGUCAGUAGUUCAUACACUAAGACCUGGCUAUGCUCCACUAAAAUACUAAUAAAUAGUAGUAAACUAUGAACAUCUGCAGAAUUGGAAGUGUGGAAAUGUAACCAUCUAUAUCAGUUAAAACACAAAGGUUUCUAUCAUUACAUGUAAAUAUAUUAAUAAUAUGGUUGUAUUAUAUUGUUCUUAAAAUGAGUUAUUGUUCAUAUUUUUCCUCAUACUUAAAUUCUCACAGAGAUUUUGUGGUAGAAUAAAUGCACAUUUCCAUUGUUAUAUCUAUUUUUCUCAUAACUAAUGGACUUCAGACUUCUUCAUUCUGGAGUAUCAAAAAUACUUUGAAAUAGUAAUACUAUGGUUUGUAAAAUUACCAGAUAAAAGUAUCAAUCAAUCAAUCAAUCAAUCAAUCAAUCAAAUUUAUUUAUAUAGCGCCAAUUCACAGCAGUCGUCAUCCCAAGACGUUUUCAAAAGAAAAAGAGCAGGUCUAGACCACGCUCAUUGUUUGAUGAAUUAUCAAGACCCAACCUAAGAUGGGAUUUGGCCCAUCUCAUCUAACAUGAGUGACAGUGUCAAGGAAAAACAUCCUUUUAACAGGCAGAAACCUCGGGGAGGACCAGACUCAUGCUAGGACAGCCACCAGGCCGCUGCUGGGUUGGGGAGGAAUACAGAGAGAUAGGUGGAGAGAGAGGGAGGAGAAGGAGUUAGGCAGGGGGAGAGAAAUAGAACAAGAUAGAGGGAAGGAGAGAGAGAAUGAGUAGAAAGUAGAGUAGAGAGUAGAGAGAGACAGGGGACAGCAGCAACAUUAAAACUACAGCAACAACAGCUCAUGCAAAGUUGUGGUUGCAGAGCGAGUUAAGAUGAAACAAUAUGAAUUCAGUUUACAGGAUCAGGAUAUAAGUAAUUAUGGACUAUAAUUAAUUUAAUGUGAGUACAGUCAGCAGGCCUAAUAGUAGUUAACUCUAGUUUUAUGUUAUGUAUGAAAACAUUCAUAGUUUAUGAGAUAAUAAGAAGCUAUACAAAUCCUUACUCAGACCCUCAGAGUCUUCAGAAAAGUUCAUAGCUGAGUUAAGUAUAUCCAAAUAACGUGCUUGAGGAAAUGCAAGAUUUUAAAAAAAAUCUGUUGGUCUGUUGAUGGCUCCACUGUUUCUGUCAUUUAAGAGUGUGAAUUAAGAUUGAUGCUGGCCAUAUAGACUGUAUUAACAGUGAUUGUAAUGUGUUAUACUCCACAGGAAAAAAAAUCGCACUGGAUACUUCUAUUGUCAUGAUGCAGUUCAGAGCAGCUACAUCUUCACAGAGGUGAGCUCCUUUUAUGAGAGAGUGUUCAGUCACACAACACUUACACAUGCAUUUGUUAUCAAGGAAUCAGAAUGAACACACUUCAGACACAGUCCUAGAGAAAACAACAUGACAGCAACAAUAAUAAUAAAAGUUGUGUUUAUUCCCUGUCAUAUUGUUUGAUAAUUGAAUCUCUUUAUUUUCUCCACAGUCCUCUGAUAGGUCUCUUUUUCCGUACACUCACCUUCCUGGAACAUGACAUAAAGCCAGUCUUUGUGUUUGACGGAAAGCCUCCCAGGGAAAAGACAGCUGUUGUAAGUGACACCGUUCAGUCUUUAUCUUUUGUCGAAGCGUAACAGUGAACAUACUCUGAUGUGUGUUGGAUAGUGAGAGGUGGAGAGGAGACUAAAAGGUGGAAGAACUGGUCCCCCUUUUUGUGCUGGAGGAGUCAUCUCAGCAGAUGAAGAGGCUAGAGAGGUGCAGCUCAGAAAAUUAGAAGAUCAAGAAAAAGUUCACUUUUUGUCAUUUAAUUCAAAAGAGUUAACUUUCUUAUUUUCAUUACAUGUAAAGGAAAUAAUUCAAACCUCUUUUGAUGAUUAUGUCUUAAAGAUGAAAAACAUCAGAAAUGUAGUGUCUGAAAUGAGCAGGAUUUUUUCUUUAACAUCAUUUUAAAAAGAAUUUUAAGCACAGAGAUGAGAUGGCAAACUUCUGAGAAGUAUAUUCAUUUACACACUCAAUACUUGGUUUGGGCUUCUUCACCAUAAACUACUGCAUCAAUGUAGCAUAGAGGUUAAGGUCUGUAGCACCGCUGAUGUGUAACUGAAGUCCAGGUUGAUUUGAUUGUGGCCUUCAGCUCCUCUUGUGGUUUGGAUGUUUUUUUUAUCCUCAUCUUGGCAGUAGUUCUGGCAUUGUAGGGAGGUACUAAGUUCUAAAGGAAAAGGAACCCAGCAUCUCCAUAAAGCUGGCCAGCUUUUCUGCUGAUGCUGUUUUAUCUCAGACUCAAAAUGAACAGCAGAGUCUAUGAUUCAUUAAAUUUCCACUUUUCUAAAUAACAAAUGGAAAAUAUUUUCCUUUUUACAGCAUUGUAAAAUUGAUGGACCAGGAUGAUAACACAGCACACACUGGUAGUGUAAAACAGAUUUCUGUACCUACUUACAAAGCUCUUGUUUUAUUCUGCAGCUUGUAAAACGAGCUGAAGCAGGUGGUUGGAGAGUACCUAGAUACACUGGCACAGGUAUGUCUGAAUACUGACUUCCACAAGCCCAAAUUUUCUCUAGUCAGUCAACUCAUUACAUCCUUGAGAUUUAUAAUGGGAAUAUGGCAUGAUUGUCAGGUCUUCUAAAGAGAGCAUCUUUUGUACUCCAUGCAGCAUCAUCCCUGACCAAAGAUUGCCACCAGCUCUUGAAGUUAAUGGGCGUACCCGUCGUCCAGGUAGGACCAUCUGAACAUGGAUUUUAAGAAAAAGUUAAAACCUGUCUUGCCAUCUCUUUCUUUCUCCUCUUCUCUUAGUACAAUACAUUUUCAUCUCCCCUUUACUCUGUCUUGUGCUUUAGGCCCCCGGGGAUGCUGAGGCUUUUUGCGCCUGGCUGGUGAGAGAGGGAAAAGUUGACGCUGUGGCAUCAGAGGACAUGGACACACUGCCUUUUGGGGCCAGUAUUCUCAUUCGCCAGCUAAAUGCUAAGAGAGACAGGUUAGUAAUUUGGAAGUUAUCUGUUGCUUCUUGAAUUGUACUGUGGGUUCCUUUGUCUUAAGAGGAUACAAUUUUCCAAUACAUGCUGUACAGUGGAAGUUUUACAAGGCACAUUAUAGAAAUGUAUGUCAUUACAUGUGUUGCACCUCCAAACACUUGUUAUCUACCACGUGAACAGAAUGCUUAGAGGUACUUUUGAUCAAGUGAAACUGAUGCUUUGUUGUUUAGUUUAAAACAUUAAGAAUUUUGUGCAUUUUUCCAAAGUACCAAAAUAUUUUUCUUAGGGAUUUGGUCAAAGAUACAAUUAAUCAUAUACUGCCUUUCAAACAUUUUACCUACCUGGCACCAUGGCAGGUAAGUUUUUCUUAUAUUGAUGGACAUUUAUUGGUGAUACUAUCUGUUCCCUUUUUCUAAGGUCAGAUACCCCUCGCUGAGUAUUUACAGUCAUAAAGUUUUAUUUAGGUUUCAAAAGUAGUCACGUGUUCAGUAGAAAUGUUCAGGUAUCUGCAACAAGGCAGCUGAGGAAAAUCUUCUGACCUUUAGUUACUGUUUGUGUUGUCUGAGGAACGACUGGCUAGCUGAUAGCUCCAAUUUUCUUGGUCUGAUCCAACCUAAAGUAUGAUAGGUGUAUGUUAAAGUUUAACUUAUCCAAUCUUUAUUCACACAUUUUUUUAAUUUAUAUCCUGUCAAGUGAUAGGGGAUGGGUUCCACUUGAUAUAUGUUCUCUCUUUCCCUUUCAGUGAUGUCACUGAAUAUUCUUUGGACACGCUCUUAAAGAAACUCCAAAUUGAUCACAAAGAGGUGAGACUUUUACUGGCUUUAAGAUGUUUUUGAAAACUCAUCAUGCAUCCUUAAAACAAUAAUUUGUACGAACAAGUUCUUAAAAUGUGCUCGCAUUUGCCUCCACCAGUUUGUCGACCUGUGUAUUUUGUUGGGCUGUGAUUACUGUGACAAAAUCACUGGUUUGGGACCUAAAAGGGCUCUGACUCUGAUCCAGAAGCAUCGCACAAUUGAAGAUGUGGUUAAACAUGUCAACAGAAAGGUAUUAAGUGAAUGUCCAGGUGUCUCUUUUUUCUUUUUAUUGCUUUAUAAAAGAUAUUAAAUCAAUGAAAACCCUUGUGAUUGCUGUCACUCAGACUCAUCCUGUGCCAAAUGCCUGGAAGUACAAAGAAGCACGAGAGAUCUUCUUGGAAGAACCUGGAACUGAAGCUCCUGAAUUCACCUGGACCGAACUAGAUGAAGAAGCCUUGGUUCGCUUCCUUUGUGACACUGGUCAUGCAAAGUAUGUGCUCUUGGCGUAAAAACUCUCUAGUCCUGGUUUGAUUGUUUACACAUUAGAAGUGUGUUCAUGAAUAUGUUUUUUUUUCCUCUAUGAAGAAAAGACAGGGUUCGUCGACGAAUGGAGAGAUUUCAUCAGACACGUGAAAGCAAGCGAGAGGAGAGGGCAAAGGAUAAGGAAGCAGGACGUAGCAGGCAGACACUCAUGGAGGAUUUCUUCAGGGUCACCAGAAAGAGGGAAAAGGUGAGAAUAACUGGAUUAGAUAGAUUAGAUAAAAAGCUAUAUAUAGUAGAUUAAAUGGAAACAUUUAAAGUUAGUUUAACAUAUCAGAUGUUUGACUCAGACAUUAUUUUUGUCAAGCAGUUAUGACCUAAAAUAUGUGAAGUAAUGAUGUCUGCUUUUUAUUUCUUCCUCAGCCAGUGGAAAUCCCAGACUCCUUGAGCAUCAACAAAAAGAGACAAAAGACGAAAUAAAGCCACCGUCAUCUGCCAUUCACUGUCAUUACCAUAGAAGAAUAUGUUUUUUAUGAAGGAUUCAAGCUUUUUUAUUGUCAGUUUCCGCCAUGUAUGAGUAAAUACACAGGAAACAAAAAGAACAUUUGUCUCCAACCCACAGUGAAAAAAAUACAGAAGAUAUAUGAUAAAUACAAAAGAGGGAAGGAUAAUACAGUAAAAGGGUAUUUUACAUAUGCACACAUCGACCCUUAUGCCUAAUGUUUCUAUGUCUAAUGUGUCUACGUACAUAUGCACGCACUAGUCAUGCGUACCUUACUCUGUCCUACUGUCACAAUAUCUUCAAAAAAGGAAAUAAUGAAAACAUUUAAAAACAUAUUUUUGACUUGAACUCCUGCCAUAGGAAGAUUUUCUUUAUUUAUGUGUCAUUUUUUAAGUUUUAGAGACAGUAGUUUAAAUACUACAUGUUGGAUCAUGAUUCACAACUGGUAGAGGACUGCGCUGUGCCAUCGCUGAAUCUAUACCAAGCCAAACAGGCAUCUGUCAUUCAGCUGAUUUUGAGUUUACUUUAUUGCUGUAUGGAUGCAUAUCACACACUGACAACACAAUAUCCUGAUCAUUUCUUUAAAAAAUAAAAAUACAAUUCACUUAGCAAUCUUUAGUUUAUCCAUUAGUCUCCUGCGAAACCACAAAGAAAAGCAGAGCAGGCAGUGAAUGACUAUGAAAGAGACCAGUGUGAACACUGUCAUGGAGACCUCCCCCCCAAGCCAAAUUGCAGACAGGGGACUUCUCAUCACUAGAUAUUCAAUGAGCACCUGUUGCAUUAAGGGUGCCAAGGCAUGGGCCAAAGAGUUGAAUUUUAAAACAUGCACCAGAGUGGGAUCAUGUCUUAAAGAAAAAGAGAGAUGUUUGUUAUAAAAAGAAAACAUUUUGAUUGAGAUUACUUUUAAUAUUGUCAACAAAGACCACAUUGUAUGUUUUUUAUUUUGUCUUUUAUGGCUUUUUAAAAUAAAUGCUGGAUUUGAUUGUG